UCAAAAAAGGAGGGGGGGAAACGAAAACAGAGGAAAACAGAGAAGGAGAGAGAAACGGAGAAGAAGAGUCUUCUUAGACCGCCAUGAACGGAAGAAACUUGAGGCUGCUCAAGAUCAUUCUCUUCCUCUUCUUCCUCAACUCUUUCUCUCUCCUCUUCUACUUCUUUUCUCACUCUAAAACUCUCCACGCAAACAAUGAUAACAAUAACAACAACCCAAAUCAGCAUAUUUCCUUAACUUUGAAUAACCAAACUCAAACGAAGCAAUUCAAGUUCACAUACUCAAAGCCAUGGCCGAUUCUUCCCUCGUACCUCCCAUGGUUGGAGACCCAAAACCCACCUCGGCUCCGCUCCUGCGAGGCCUACUUCGGCAACGGAUUCACCCGCAGAGUCGAUCUGUGGGCCCCAAGGGGGCCGAGAUCGGGGUGGUUCAGGUGCUGGUUCAGUGGGACCCUCAGGAGCUCGGUCUGCGAGGGUGGGGCCCUCAGGAUGGUGCCGGAGAAGGUGAGGGUGUCGAGGGGAGGGGAGAGGCUGGAGGAGGUGAUGGGGAGAUCGGAGGGGGAAGAGCUGCCGGAGUUUGAAGAUGGGGCGUUUGAGAUCAACGGUGGUGAUGAGGAGAGAGAAGAAAAGAAGAAGCUUGUGAGUGAAGAGGUUUUGAAUGAGAUUGUGCCUAGAGGGGAUGUUUGGAAGCAUACAAUGAGGGGUUUGGUUGGUUCUGCUUUGGUUGUUCCAGCUAGAGAUUUUGAGUGCCAAGAGUGGAUUGAGGAGCCAACGCUUCUGGUUACGCGCUUUGAAUACGCAAAUCUUUUCCACACUGUCACAGAUUGGUAUAGUUCAUAUGUAGCUUCAAGAGUCACUGGCUUGCCUAAUCGGCCUCAUUUGGUUUUUGUGGACGGGCACUGCGCGGCAUCCUUGGAAGAAACAUGGCAAGCAUUGUUUUCUAGCCUCAGAUACGCCAAGAACUUUACUGGUCCUGUUUGUUUUCGUCACGUGGUUCUCGCACCUUUGGGAUACGAAACUGCUUUAUUCAAGGGGCUGAGUGAAGCAAUAAACUGUCAAGGUACAUCUGCACCAGAUCUGUGGCAAAACCCCGACGACAGAAAAACCGCUCGGUUAUCUGAGUUCGGUGAAAUGAUCAGAGCUGCUUUUCGCUUUCCAGUAAAUAGACAAAGGAUUGAAAGGCCGUUAACAGGUUACAAUGUCCUUUUUGUUCGACGUGAAGACUACUUAGCCCAUCCCCGUCAUGGUGGUAAAAUUGAGUCGAGGCUUAGCAACGAGGAAGAAGUGUUUAAUUCAUUAAAGGGUUGGGCAGCAAUUCACACAGAUUGCAAAAUAAACCUUGUGAAUGGAUUGUUUGCUCACAUGUCCAUGAAGGAACAAGUGAGGGCUAUUCAAGACGCUCACGUCAUUAUUGGCGCACACGGCGCUGGUCUUACACACAUAGUCUCUGCAUUACCGAAAACAGUGGUUUUGGAGAUCAUUAGCAGCCUAUUCCGACGGCCACAUUUUCAGUUGAUCGCGCAGUGGAAAGGGUUGGAGUAUCACGCCAUUAAUCUCGAUGGAUCUGUUGCCAAUCCUCAGGUUGUUAUCCAAGAGCUUAGCAGCAUUAUGAGAGGCCUUGGAUGCUGAUAAAUCAUUUUGUUUUGGCUAAAUCUCACACUUACUGAUUUCUGGGAGCCGAUUUUUCUUGAAAGAAGAAGAGAUUUCUUCGAUCGGGAUUCUGGUUUCUAACAGUUGGUGCAGAAACUGGCAACUUAGGAGGAGGAUUUUAAGCAAUGCUGAUAAUGGUGGCCUUGAUUGUUAAUUAUAUGGGCAUUUUGGGGAAAGUUUGGUGAAUAACCAGAAUUGAGUGGUAUCAUCAGUAAGAUAGAGAAUUUAUAUUUCCAAUUUUCCAUGUUGUGUAUUUUUUUAAUUUCCAACAUUCUUUUUUCAUUUUUUUUUUCUUUUUCUUCUUACCAAGUACAGGUUGAUAACAGAUAGAGGCUCCAAUACCAAUUUUUUGGUUUCAACACAUUUCUCUUGUUGUAACAUCAGAUUAUAUAUUAUGGCACAGAUCAGAC